GUGCGUUACUAUAAGAAACCUUCACUCGAAUUGGAAUCUUAGUUACUCGUAACCAUGUUUUUGCAACGAGAUCUUGGGACAUCUGUCCCAAUGCGUUUGUAUACAAUGAAAAAGCGUUAUUUCGUUGUUGUCACAGUUGCAUUCUCCCUAAUUAUUGGAUGUUCUAUAAUUUUUGGUCUAGUCCCAAUGUUUCAAAUUCCGUUACUGUUUCCACUUUGAUUCGUCCAAGUAUAACUAGUUUAGAAUCUAGUGUAUGCGAGGUAGAUUCUCCAUCUCUUUCAGUUUUUCAUCGUGAGCUGUGGUUAUCUGCUAUAAUUAAUCGUGCGCCCUUAGAACAAAAUGCCAAAGUAUCAGUAAAUAUCAAUACGUCUAUUCAAGUACAGAUACCCCAUCUAGCUACUGCUGGGAGUAGAAUUGGAAUGUUUAAAUCAGAUCCAAAUUAUAAAACUUUUGUAUUCCAAAUGGGUCCAAUUCACAACCGGACUAUUCAAGUGAAUUGUCCCGAUACAAAAUGUGACGAACUAUUCCUAUUUCAUCUUAUUCCAGUUGAUUUCACCAUUUAUAAAUUCCAUGUAACAUUCUAUCAUGAAUUAAGUAAUAAUCAUUUAAAAUACGAAGAUUAUGAAGGCGAACAUUUAUUAUUUAAAAUAAUCAGUGUGGAUUUCAUUUUUCAAUAUUAUACUAUUGAAUUUACUUAUAUGGAAUUAGUAGUGAAGUUCAUACUUUUUGUUAUUUCAGAGGCAGUUACUAUUUGGUUUUAUAUUAAGAUGAAAAAAUUCAGUCUUAAUUAUUGGACAAUUGAACAGUGUUGUAUGGCUAUCUUAUUGCCUCUACUCAUACUUUAUAAUAAUCCUUUAUAUCCCCUUCAAUAUUUAACAACAAAUUGGUUUCCAUCAUGUCUUGGUUAUCUGUUUCAAAUCACAUUUGUCGCUGUAUUAUUAUUAGUUUGGUUAUGUAUAUUCCAUGGUAUACGAAUUUCGAAAAGGACGUUUCAAAAAUUUUAUCUACCGAAAAUCUGUUUGAUUAGCAUAUUCUGGUUAAUCAUAUUCUUAUUAAUUACUUGGAAAGUUUAUGUGGAACAUCACGAACCAGUGUUUGAUAUUCUAGAAUAUACGGAUCUUCUUAUCUUUACUGUGGUUUUUAUUAGUCUAUUUGGUUUUAUCUAUGUGGUACUAUUCACUGUGCUAUUCAUUCGAGCCUGUCAUAAAUUAAGAAAAUUACCAUAUUUUAACUUGCGUUUAUAUUUUCUAACAUUCCAAUCAAUAAUCUUCAUUAUCGUCUUAGGAUUUGCAUGUCUAUUACACUUUAAUGAGAGAUUAUUAUCUCAAUCCAUGAAUUAUGUCCGUAAUGUUAAGGGUAAUAUCAGUAAAAUGACUGUACAACAGCAGAAUUCUCAAAAUUACAUAGGAUUACAACAUCGAUUUAAUGAUAUACUCGGUUAUCAUUCAACACUUGAAUUCUCAUUGAUACAAUUCACUAUUAAUUCAUACAUAAUUCUAUUGGCAUUUGUUUACUCUCCACCAAAUAAUACACAAAUAGUGACUAAAUUGGAUAAUCGAAGUGAAUAGAUCAAAUGAAACCUCAUGAUAAAAUGAAUAUAUAUACCAAUUGAUGAGAUUACAGAUGUGUGAAAAUUGUAUGCGUGAUAUCGAGUGCAAAACGAGGAAAAUUAUUGGAGUACUUGAAGUACAGAUGAUAACUAGUGGACUUUAGUUAUCAGAUUCAGAUAGUGAUGCGUUCGAGAGUAGACAGCUUGUGAAAGUUCAUCAUAUAUCUUUACCGGUUUGUUGUCUUUCUGUGGACAUCAACUAAAGAUGGUUUACGCUGAAAUGGAUGUAAAGGAUAAUCCAUCAUUAUCAAUGAUAAAUGAUUCUGAUGAAGAUGUAAUUUAUGAAUCAGAUACUGAAACAAAGACAUUUUUAUUCUCCCAACGUAUACACUAACAAUGAUAAUGAUGUAACAUAUCUGUUUAUAUGUGAACAAUUCGUGUAUCCGAAUCAGCAGUGUAUUUCUAUGAUUAAUUCGUUUCGUGUUUGCAUUUAAAUAAACCAGUGGAAAUCAUGAAGGUGCUUCCUUUUUACACACACACACACACACCAUUGGAUUUUAUCAUGCGGAUUUCAUAUAGGUUGUUUUUUUAGAUCUUCACUUAAAAUUCCCCGGCCAUUUUUCCUUGUUUUUAACUAAAUCAUUCAUUGUAUAUGCAUGUUUGUGUGUGUGUGCUAUGAUGUGGUGUAUUUAAAGCGUUCACCUUCCAAUCAUUACUUUACAGUUUCCAACUCUUCCAAAUCUGUAAAAUGUACACUAUCGGUUAACGAUCACAAUCCACUAGAUCAAACGAAAUCUAUUAUUAGAUUAAAACCUUGACUGCAUUAACAGAGCUCCAAUUUGAUUAUUGAAUUAUAAUAUUCAUGUAAGAAUAUCCCUACAUUAUUAUUAUUAUUGUUUGUACAUAUUAUCUAUGGCUGUUGUUUGUUUUUGUUUACCCAUUAAAUUAUUUGGGAUUUCAGUAGUUUACAUUCAUACAAUCAUUAAUGAACUGUGAUAUAUCUUUAUUCGUAUAUUCAUGUUGAUUUUAUGUAGUUUGUUUAUUUUCAGUAGCUUUUUGCAUUUAAAAGAAAAAAAGUAAUAUUCAUUUUGUCACAUCGUUUAUCAAUUUGAUUCAUUUUUCUGUGUUGGUUGUUGUGAUAUAUAUAUAUAUAUAUAUGUAUGUAUAUAUAUAUAUAUAUAUAUAUAUAUAUAUAUAUGUAUGUAUUAAGAAAUGUCUUGUUUUCUUUGGAGCAAACCUAUUGUUUAAAUAAAUUUUUCUGAUAACUUCUAA